GGUAUUCGUAUUUCUCGGAACUUGGUUGAAAACGAUAUGUUUAAAUAUUGCAUUUUCGGUUUGUUACGAUUCUUGCCAUUACACGAAGUCAAGGAGCAACGAGAAUGAGGGUUAUAGGAUUUUACCUCCCAUUCUUCGUAUCAGUAGUGCCAACUCUCGCAACAGUUGCCAGCACUAUCACACCGAGACAAUCCAGUGCCAUAGUGACAGAGGGAUCAAGUUUUCUCUUCGAAUGGGAUUUCUCUCUUCAGAAUGAGGACAAAAAGAACCUGGAAGAGUUCAUUUUUGGCCUUUGGGAGAAUGGAUAUACCACCCAUUAUCUUAUGACGGUAACCAAGCAGGGACAAGUGAUCCAUAAUCCUUACCUAAGCAAGACACACCCUAGUUACGUCGGACGAGUAACUUGGGCAGGAGACAUAUUGCAGUCGUACUUGGCCUACAGGUUGGUAAACCUGACACUCUCCGAUAGCAACUCAUAUGGAUGUCAAGUUUACGUGGGAGGUUUCCGACGAACAAUUCAUUCUAAGAUCACCUUAAAUGUCCAGACGAUAAAUGCUUCAAAGACACCUAAACUGAGUGUCUCUCCCACAGGGGGCCAUACUCCCAUUGCUAUGUCGAAUAAAUCUGUUCCAUUAUCAAAAGGAAGACCUCCAGAGGUAGUAAGGCUUCCUUUUGACGACAUGUCGAUCAACGACACGAGAUUUUCAUGCACCUGGGAAUACCCGAAGGACGAAAAUGGAGACAACGUUACUAUGUUUACUGUUUGGUAUCGACCAUUAGCUCAGAAAAAGUGGAUUACAGUGAAUGUGACUCAAAACAGAUACUCAGUCAGACUUAACUGCUGCAUGACGUACGAGAUUAUGGUGACAGCUUGGAAUAGGAAGGGUCAGAGCUCUACUGAUCCUAGAAAUGCAGCUAGGGUCACAGUCAUCAGAGAAACGACUGUCCCAACUAGUGUCUCAGAAAAUGCAACCGCGGGAAGUGUAUCAACUUCAAAUUCAAACAUCUUGGUGUCACAUGGGACAGUCGGCUCCGCAAAGUCAAAGUGGGAAAUGGGGUUCGAAUACUUACCUUACCUGUCACUUCUUGCGAUUCCCACUGUUAUUUGCAUUUGCCGUGUGACUUCCAAGCUCCGAAAGAGAACUCGAGUAAAUAUGAUACGUUUAAACGGAAAUGACCCAGAAGAGUCUGACAAUGAAACUGUAGAACCUGAAGCAGUGCCAAUGGCUCCUGUCCUGUUAUGGGAGGUUGCAAGAAAAAACUUGGCGAUUGAAAGAGUGGUUGGUCAUGGUGCGUUUGGAGUGGUCUCCAAAGCGUACCUUCUGGAUCUGCCAGGCAUCCCAGACUGGACAGUUGUGGCAGUAAAAAGCUUACAAGAAGGUGCGACGGAAAGUGAAAGAAAAGAUCUGUUGUCUGAACUAAACCUCUUAAAGAAGCUGAAGCCUCACCCGCAUGUAAUAAAACUAUUGGGUUGCAUCACAGAAGGAAAAGAUUAUUCAUAGAGACCUAGCGGCAAGGAAUGUAUUGGUUGGUGAAAAUCACAGAUGUAAGAUUACAGACUUUGGAAUGGCUCGCGAUGCUGAUUCGGAAGACAUUUAUAUACGCAGCAGUCAGGGCCGAGUUCCUGUUAAAUGGACAGCAAUUGAAGCAAUUACUGGAAGGAUGAAAUACUCAACAAAAAGCGAUGUGUGGAGUUUUGGAAUCGUUCUAUAUGAGAUUUGCACCAUUGGCGCUGAACCUUAUCCAGAAACAAGUCCGUAUGAUAUUCCAAGAGUAUUACAAGAAGGAUACAGGAUUCCAAAACCAGAGUAUUUUAAGGAUGAGUUAUAUGAUGUCAUGUUGAGUUGUUGGGAAACAGAGCCAGAAAGAAGACCAUCAUUCGAGCUCUUGUGCUCUUCCAUCCGAGGAUUAGAAAACUGUUCUAAUCAGAAUUACGUCAACAUACAAAACUGCCUUGAGACUCACCAAGGUGAGAGUAGCGCAUAAAAUUAUUUUACAUACCACUGAAUAUCAAGAGAAAAUGAACUGAGAUGUAUAUGGAGGAUGUCGGUUGUCUCGCGCCCACCAGCGAGUCACAUUUGGUACCAAGCAAAGAACCUCCUUACACAGAGAAAUAUAAUCCUGAUUAUGUACAAAAGUUAAUUCCGUCUGGAGGAUCAUACCAGAUCGACUGACAAAACUCAAUGACAUGAAUGUCCCAAAAGCCAGAAGAGUGUUGUAGAUAAAUACCUACACGUUAAAUGUUACAAAGGGAAGUUGCGUUUAAUUUAUUUGCCAGAUGGACGUCUAUUAAUAUGUAAAGAUUUGUAGAUACAUAUGUGCGUGUGAUUCUACUAAAAUAAAGAAUUAAUACAAUAUCUAAGUACAAAGCAUAACAAUAACAACAACAGCAACAACGACAGAAAACUAAAACAAAAGAAACGAACUUAUAAUUGUGUCGUCACCAGGACCGGCAGUUAAACUCUUACAUAAAGCAUCAAGGCGCUGAAAAAACCUAAUGAAGCGACUGACUUAGUAGGGAUCAGUUAGCAAUGAAAAUUUUCCAACGGAAACAACGAGCAUACUGGCGAAAAUACAUAGCUGUCGGCGUCACCCAAUACUUACAUAACCUCACGCAAAAACGCGAACUAAUUCGAAUAGCAUAGGAUAUAUUUUGUCUGAUUUUCCUCAGAGCAAGUGGCAAGGGACUACCGACUUACUUGUGGAAGUCGUUUCACUUCCCUGAGUGAGGGCUUAGAACAAGUUAAAACAUAGAUCCAUAGGCGUUUCUAACAGUUCAGUCUGAUUUUGAGUACAAUUUAAACCAAGGGAACAAUUUUGCCUUUCUUUAUCAUUGUUUGAUAAUCACCCGAAAGAAGCAAAUAAAGACUAGAGUCUGUCCUAAAAAUUAAUAACUAUAAUAAUAACAAUAAUUAUAACGAAUAUUAAUAUUAUGUUAGACCAAAUUAUCAUUACUAUCAGUGAUAAGAUGGCAGGCGAAUCGAUAUUCUAUGACAUGCAUAAUCCGCUUAGAAAUAUAAAUAUUUAUGAUGCGCCUAUGAAAUAAAAGGAAUAAACU